AAACAAACUAAUAGAGUGAAAUGAUCAUCAAUCCAAAAGUCCUCCCUAUUAUUUUAUAUUUUGCAGCAAUACUUAAAUCCCCGAACUGGAUCAUCGGUAUUAUUAGUGCCUAACAAACAAAAGUAGCUGUUGUAGGCCACUGAACCACAGCUUACUAAAAGGCUUUCCAAAGUUGCACUCCAAACCGUUUAACGACUAUCAAGUUAGGUGACCCAAACAACAUUGCCAAAUAACACCUGGACCUUUGACACCUUUUUUCUGCUCUAUUUUUCCAAUGUCAAACACAUUCAUGCAUUCUUUAAAUACCUAAGCCUCAAAUUGAAACUGCAUCAAAUCACAUCUUCUGUUAGAGAAAUUCUUUUCUACAGCAUACCCAUCCUUGCCAAAACCAGCAUCUCAUUUCACUUUGUUCAGGACACCACAGCAAUGGAGCAAAAGAAUGCAUUGAUUGCUCUGAUGGUUGUGAUUACAGCAGCAGGGAAUUGCAUGGUUAUGGCACAGACACCCUCUUCAGGCUGCACAACUUCUCUUCUGGGUUUAUCUCCCUGUAUCAAUUUUUUCACUUCCAAAAGUGGAAUCAGUGCCCCACUGGGCUGCUGCACUGCUUUCGCUUCAUUUGUGGAAUCAAGUGCAACAUGUGCCUGCCAAUUCUUAGCUUUCAUGCCUACCAAUUCCUCUCCUCUUCCCAUUCCCUCGGGCCUUCCAAUUAACCAGACUCAACUUCUCAACCUCCCUGGCAUAUGCCAAGUUGAUACCCCACAGUGCCAAGGUGCAGGUGCAGGUGCAGGUGUAGCCCCAACGGCUUCUCCAGAUGCUUCUGUUGAGACAACCGGAUCAACGGGUGAGGCUCAGACUCCGGCUCAAUCAGCAGGUUUCCCGUUAACUCCAUCUGCAGUUGGGGCUUUGCCUCCUAGUCAAGUUCGAACCUCAGACGCGACAUCCUCAUUCAGGACCUCAUUUUUCAGUGCUUUUCUGGUGAUGAUUAUAGGGAGCUUUCUGUUAUGAACAGUGAUACCAAUAGUGGAUUUUGGCAUGGUGUUCCUGACUACUUUCAAUACUGCAUUUUCAGAAUUUCUUCAUUCUUUAUAAUAAGAAGACUCUACUAAAUAAAACAUCCCAUUUGUAAUUUAGUCUCAUUUUUUCAAUCUCUGCCCUAGAGAUAAUCUGCCACCUCGUUUUUCUGGCGUGGCUGAAUGUAUUUAGAGGGAUGAUUUUCUCUGUCAACUUUGUUUGCUAUAGUUUUGAUGGGUUCUAUCAAUAUCUUUAUUACUUUAUUAAAUAUCUUUAUCAAUGAUU